AUGUCUUUCAAGGUCAAGAGAUUGAAUUGCAAGCUCUUGUUCCUUGCGACGUUGUAUGUGCCAUGCAGCAGCAGCAGCAGCAGCGAUAACACGUUGAGCUCGCAUGCAAGCCUGGCAUGCUCAGGAUGGGGAGGAGGAAGCGAAAUCAUCACCGGCGAGCGGUUGCAAGCCAUAGCGGACAUCAGCGUUGUGACAGCUUCCUGGCUUGCUUACCAUCGGAGCCUCCCUGACGUGAUCAAGGAGGAGCAUGCGAUCAUUCUGAUAGACGAGGAGGGGAACAUAGUCAGCGGGAACAGGACGAGGCUUGUGCUGGCAGGGACCGUCUUUGUCUACUCGCAUCUUCUUCCUCGCUUCUUCCUCGGGGAAGCUUUCAGCGCCAUCUAUGCUCCCUUCGUCCUGCUCUCUCACAACGGAGACGAGGAGCUUGACUUGAGGGAGGGAAGAGGAGAGGAGGAGUGGAAGAAACGAGCAAGGAGCGCCUUGAGCAGCGGAAGGAUCAUAGGGUGGUGGGCUCAGAACCUUGUCUGUCCUCACCCUGCCGUCAACUGGCUGCCCAUCGGGCUAGCAAACAGCAUGUGGCGACAUGGUGACUUGACGACAAUGUCCGAGGUGAUGAGAAGCAGCCAAGACGCUUCCUCCAAGAACGAAUGGCUGCACGUUGCCUUCAAGGUCAGCGAGCAUGCGCCGGGACGUCAGCAAGUCUUCGAGAUCUUAUCACAGCUGGACUUUGCGACUGUUGAGGGGGAGAAACUUCCGUUCAGGUGA